AGAUUGGAAAGGGAAUAAUAAGGAAGUAAACAAUGUCCACAGAGGGACGAGUAGUGUUUUCAGGGGGGAAAAGAAAGUUUUCGUAGUUCUGUGGCAAUAGUAGAUCAAAAUUCAGCCCGGAUGCUCGAAACGACAUUAAAUAACGCCGCAUCUUUGGUUAUUUUGUUCGUUAGUGAAACAGUAUAUGCUUAAAGACACGGUUUUGUAUUAGCUGAAUAAACCACAUCAGAAGCGGAUGCACUCUCAGAUAGUUUCAGUAUAGUUUGCUGCUCUUCUUCAUCUUCAAGUGCCAACAAGCCUAAACAACAUCAUGAUGGCGACUCGAAACAACACAGCCAGUGCUGCUCCAAACAAUAAGGUGAAAUACUCCAGGCUGGCAGAUAGUGAUGAAGGCUACAUUGAUCUACAGUUCAAGAAAACCCCACCUAAAGUACCCUACAAGGCCAUUGCCCUGGCAACGUUCCUAUUUCUGGUUGGAUCUGUAUUGAUAAUUGUUGGAUCACUUCUUUUGGCAGGAAUCAUUCAUGUCACGAACCCAGAUCGCACAAUCCCAGUUCUCAUCAUCGGAAUACUGAUCUUUCUUCCUGGAUUCUAUCAUUUGCGGAUUGCUUAUUAUGCUUCCAAGGGUUACCGUGGUUUUUCUUACGAUGACAUCCCAGACUUUGAUGACUAAAUGGAUCUAGUCAUACUAAAUGCUGUUACUUCUGUGUGUCUUUCUGCAGCUGUUUUGCAUGAUUUGCCUUAAGACAUUCAUUCUUUAUUUACUAUAAGUUUCUCUAGGAGAGAAACCGUGGCACACAGUGGCUUGGCUGAGCUUUAUUGAGCUGAAUACCUUUAUUUUACCAAAAGGAAAAAAGAAGUGCAAUAUUAAGAGUAUUUAUUUAGCUAAAUACAUAAAAGGCCAACAAGAAAUAUGCUGAUAUUUUCCUAGCUUUUGUAAAACUGUUUGAAGAAGUAUCAUUUUAAAAGCUUGAAAUUGAUGUUUUCUGUAAUGGAACAUGUUACUUACUGUAUAUACACUAUCAGUGAAACGUUUGGACACUUUUUAUAUUUUAAAUUAGAUUUGUACACAAAUGUAUAUUGAUAAAAAUAUAUACAUUUUCUUUUUUUCUUUUUUUUUUUUUCACUGGAUAAGUUAGUUUGGAAAGUGAUGAAAAGCAGUCAAAAAGCAUCUUAUAUACAUGUGAACGUCUUCACAAUGUAAAACUGUAGUAGUAGCUGCAAUCUAGGCAGCUAUAAAGUUCAUAGGAAAAUAUUUAAGAUAAGAUAAUUAUGAUUUGUUUCACUUUUUUCACUACAUUUUUUCUCCAUAUACUUCUAUUUAUGUUCACAUACUUCCAUUUGUUAUUUUGUAGUUAAUUAAUGACUUAAUUAUUUUAAAAUGUGGAUAAUUAUACUAAAAAUAAAGAUUGAGGUAAUGUGUCCAAAGUUUUACUGGUAGUGUAAUUGCUAUGGCAGUAUUGUUUUGUGGAAUAAACUGGUUUUAUUCAUC